GAAAAAAACUAAGAACUUGGCCAAGACAAGUUAUAUAUUACCAAAACUACAUACACACACUUAGAGCUCACAUAAUCUUGUAAAAAUGGCAACUUCAAUUUUUCUCUCACACCCUUUUUCUCCUUUAUUAUCAAAAAACCAUAGAAUUCCAAGUCCUAAACAAACCAUAGCCAUAGCAUAUCACUCCACCAACAAACCCACCACCAAGACUCCAUUUUUACCAUUACCCACUUCCUUUUUUCCAUUUCCCUCAAACCCCAGAAAGGAAUUUUGGCCAAUUUCAGUGGGAAGAACACAAACAGAUGAAAAAGAUGAAAUCUUGGUGGUGGGUGAAGAUUCUGCUGAAUUUGAGUUAUCCAAACAAAAGAUUUCAUCUUGGGUUUAUUUUGCUGGGAUUCUUGGUGUUGUGCUUUAUGUUCUUAAUGUUGUUUGGAUUGACAAUUCUACUGGAUUUGGAAAAUCAUUCAUUGAUUCUGUUUCUAGUAUUUCAGAUAGCCCUGAAAUUGUAAUGCUUUCCCUUACCUUGAUUUUCGCUCUAGUCCACAGUGGUCUUGCUAGUCUUAGAGACAAAGGUGAGGAACUCAUUGGAGAGCGUGCUUUUCGUGUAUUGUUUGCUGGGGUAUCUCUGCCAUUGGCAGUCAGCACAAUUGUGUAUUUCAUUAACCACCGAUACGAUGGAGUGCAGUUAUGGCAAUUAAACAGCGUUGCUGGGAUUCACGAACUAGUUUGGAUUUCUAACUUUGUUUCCUUCUUCUUCCUAUACCCGUCGACAUUCAAUUUACUAGAGGUAGCGGCUGUUGACAAGCCCAAGAUGCAUCUUUGGGAAACUGGGAUUAUGAGGAUUACCAGGCAUCCACAGCUGGUCGGGCAGGUUAUAUGGUGCUUAGCUCACACGCUGUGGAUUGGGAAUUCAGUUGCAGUGGCAGCUUCAGUAGGUUUGAUAGGACAUCAUCUGUUUGGUGCCUGGAAUGGGGACCGGAGGUUAGCUAUACGAUAUGGUGAGGCUUUUGAAGUCGUGAAGAACAGAACGAGUGUCAUUCCAUUUGCAGCUAUUCUUGAUGGUCGUCAAAAGUUGCCUGAAGAUUAUUACAAGGAAUUUAUCAGAUUGCCAUAUUUAUCGAUAACAGCAUUGACACUAGGUGCUUACUUCCUCCACCCCAUUAUGCAAGCUGCCAGUUAUCGGCUACACUGGUAGUAGUACUGAUGUUACAUAACUCGUUUCCAUACAAGAUAUCGCGAUUACGAGUUGUAUAUUUUCCCCCCAAUAUAUAUAGGUUACUGUUGUCUAUUUAACUACUGUUGGAAAACAAAGAAAGAAAGAAGAGGAAUAGAGAGAAUUCAUUUUAAUGUGUUUGAAAGUAAAGUUCCAACUUUUAUUUCCUUUCAAAUUCUAUAUGGUGUAUAUCAUGAUAUAUAUGUCCUUGUUAUUCCAAUA